CGAAACGUUGAUGAAUAAAGUUUCCCCGUGAUGAGACGUCCAAAGAGCGAAGAAGAAGGAAACGCAGCAGAGGACAGACAACACAUUUAUGCGUUGGAGUGAAGCGUCUGCAUGAUGAAUCGUCCGCAGAAUCCUGAAGAAGGUGAAAACCCAAGCAGAACCUCCAAGCCGCCAGCAGGGGGAGCAGUUCUGCUGAUUCUGGGAUCUCUGCUGGCUGUGACUUUUGUCAUCAUCUACAGACUUUCGUUUGUUGUUGUGCAUAACAGAGAAAGUUUCCAAACCCUGGAGGAGGAGAAUGAAGCUCUGAGGAGAAAUAUCUCAGAGUUAAAAUCCACAGAGCAGCCAACAUGUCCACCAUGUCUUCCAACUCCUGAAGAACAAAAUCUGUUUGAAGAGGAGAGAUGGCUGAAGAAAAUACCAGAAUGGGAGAAAUAUCGAGGAAGCUUUUAUUAUUUCUCCAGCACUAAAUCCUCCUGGAAUGACAGCAGACGCUCCUGCAUGGAUCUGGGAUCAGACCUGGUGAAGAUCGACAGCAGAGAGGAGCAGACGUUCCUGGAGAUUAGAUUGAGACCGAUGAUGAAAAACGAUCUAGAGAAGUUCUGGAUCGGACUGAUGGACUCAGAGGAAGAAGGCAGAUGGUUCUGGGUUGAUGGAUCUCCUCUAAAUAAAAGUUUGAGUUUUUGGAUGCCCUGGGAGCCUGAUGACAUGAAAGCAGACGAUCCAUCUGGAGAGGAUUGUGGAGGGAUGGGGAAGAAAGGAGGAGCUGAUGAUCUGACAUGUUGGUUUGAUCAGUUCUGUGGUCUUCAACGGCGAAGCAUCUGUGAGAAACCAGACCUUCCCACAACCGAGUCUCCUUUUGAUGACUGAUUACUGUCUCACUGAAACAAAGUAUUAGUAUCUGUCGCCCGCUUUUGUCAACUUUAAAACUUGCUUUUAGAACAAAAAAUAAUUUUCUAUAAAAAUGUAAUCUGAUCUUUAUUCUUCCUCUUCCCAUCAUCAGCUCCUUAUUCUUUAUUCAGAAGAAGCAGCUGAAAGAAACUAUCACUAUUAUUGAUUAUGCAGAUUAUUAUGACUACAAUUCCACUGAAACUGAGUUAUAGUUUUAAAAGACAACAGCCAGAUGGGAAAAAUAACUUUA